CCAGUUCCAUAUUUAUCAAAACUAGAAGGCAAUCAAUUAAAUCCUGGACAAUCACUAAUUGUACGAGGAUAUAUUAUCGGCAGAAAUGAAUUCAUUGUAAGCCUAACAGCUGGGCCAAAGGUUGAAAAAGAUGAUGACAGUGACGUGUUGGAUAAUCGUCUGCUGUUGAUCCGAGCGAAUAUCACAAAACGUCAGAUCUAUCUGAACGCUUGCAUUGAUAAUGAGUGGGGAAAAGAAGGCUCAAUCAAGCACAAAUGGAAUCCGGGAGAUGAAUUUGACAUUCGUCUACGGUCGAUGGAGAAACAUUUUGAAGUUUACGUAGAACAUAAAUUGGUUGCCAAUUUUGCUUAUUAUGUACCGAUUUCAAAUAUUUCACAUAUUUAUAUAAAUGGCGAUGUUGAACUGUACACAGUUUCCUGGGAAGGGAAAUUUUACCAAACUCCUUAUGCAGCCGAUAUACCUGGAAAUUUUCAUCCAGGGCGAAAACUGUACAUUUCGGCUUUUCUGAAGCGAAAAUCCAAACAGUUUGUAGUUGACUUCUACAGCGGUUACGAUAUCGCAUUCAGAAUCAAUGCACGACUAGUUGAACGAAAGUUACUGAAGAAUACUCGAUGUCAAGACUGCUGGGGUGAUGAAGAUCAAUCGUUAGAAGCCUCAUUCCCAUUCAAGCUCAACCGUACUUUCGACUUGCUAAUUUACUGCGAAGAAAACCGUUUCCUGAUAUACGUUGACGACUGUCUAACAUCGAUCUACAGCCACCGCAUGAGUCCACAAAGUAUAGAUAAACUAAGUAUUGACGGCGAUUUAGAACUUCUUGGUGUGCAUUUAAAGUGA